AUGUCGAAUGAAACCCCAGAUAAAGGGUUGACUCUAAAAUCCAUUUUAUUCAAUGAGAAUGGUAAAUUCUGUUUACCGUGCACUCUUUACAAAUCAUUUCAAUAUAUAUCUGGAAGCACUAUGGAUCCUUCAAUAAGUUCAACACCGACUCGAGAUGACGUAAUUAUUAAACAAAGUCCUGCACUUCCCUCGGUACCAAGAAGUGAUUUGAUACCUGGCUCAAGAACCUAUGUCAAGGAAGAUCCUCCAGAUGUAAAUAAGUUAGGAUCUGCAUCAUGGACGUUUCUACAUGCGAUGGCUGCAAAAUAUCCUGAGAAACCAACGCCACUUCAACAGGAAGAAAUGACAGAUUUCUUAAACAUCUUCUCACAUGUAUAUCCAUGUUUCUGGUGUGCUAAGGAUUUUGAAAAAUACAUCACCGAAAAUGCACCAAAGGUGAAGUCUCAAGAAGAGCUAAGUACUUGGAUGUGUCAGGCACACAAUAAAGUUAACAAGAAACUUGGAAAAGCACAAUUCAAUUGUGAUUUCUGGAAACCAAGAUGGAAAGAGGGUUGGGAUGAACAAGAAUAA